AUGGCGAUUUUGUCAGUGCCGGAUGAAGUUCAAGUGUUGCUCCAGAGGCUUCAUAAUUGCACACAAGGUGCCUAUUACUCUUACUCCAUAUGGAUCAAAGCUGAAGACUCUACAGAAAUGCCUCCAGCUCCAGCCCCAGCUCCAGCCCCAGCCCCAGCCCCAGCCCCCCAAGCUCAGCAGCCGCACCUACCCCAGGCUCAGCUCAUGUUAGCAGGCAGCCAACUUGCUGGGCUGACUGCCCUGAUGCCUGCUCAACAGCAACUGCUCCUGCAGCAGGCGCAAGCACAGCUUUUGGCGGCUGCCGUACAGCAGUCUAAUGCUGCUGCCGCCGCCGCCGCCUCCUCUCAGCAACCUGGGGCUGAACUGCCAGCACCACAGAGCCAGCCCCAGGCGCCCCAGCUGGCCUUGUCCCAGCCAAUCCAGCUGACGGCACAGGAUAUCCAGCAGCUGCUGCAGCUCCAGCAGUUGGUCCUCGUCCCAGGGCACCCUCUCCAGUCCCCUGCACAGUUCCUGCUGCCACAGGCCCAGCAGGGACAGCAAGACAUACUUGAGAGACCGCCUGCUGGCGAUGUGGGGCUGGCUAUGGGGAAGCUUUAUGGGAAUGACUUCAGCCAAACCACCAUCUCGCGCUUUGAGGCACUGAACCUCAGCUUCAAGAACAUGUGCAAACUCAAACCUCUUCUGGAGAAAUGGCUGAAUGACGCUGAGACAAUGUCCGUGGACUCCACGCUUCCCAGCCCCAAUCAGCUGAACAGUCCCAACCUUGGUUUUGAUGGGCUGCCGGGCCGACGCCGCAAGAAACGGACGAGCAUUGAGACCAACGUCCGCUUUGCAUUGGAAAAAAGCUUUCUAGCGAACCAGAAGCCUACCUCAGAGGAGAUCUUACUUAUUGCCGAACAGUUGAACAUGGAGAAGGAGGUGAUUCGUGUCUGGUUCUGCAACCGCCGCCAGAAGGAGAAACGGAUCAACCCUUGCAGCUCUGCUCCCAUUUUGCCUGCCCAGAGCAAGCCUCCUGGCUACAGCCCUCACUUGGUGACCAGCCCAGGCACCGGCACAGGUUUGCCCCUCUCCCAGGCUUCCAGUAGUCUGAGCACAACAG